CUACUGGGGGACGCCGGCUGUGUCGUAGUGUACUGGGGGACGCCGGCUGUGUCGUAGUGUACUGGGGGACGCCGGCUGUGUCGUAGUCUACUGGGGGACGCCGGCUGUGUUGUCUACUGGGGGACGCCGGCUGUGUCGCAGUCUACUGGGGGACGCCGGCUGUGUCGUAGUCUACUGGGGGACGCCAGCUGUGUUGUCUACUGGGGGACGCCGGCUGUGUCGUAGUCUACUGGGGGACGCCAGCUGUGUUGUCUACUGGGGGACGCCGGCUGUAUGUUUUAGUGUAUCUGUGGUCUAUUGAUGUUUCUGUAAUGCAUCAUAAUCACCGUUUUCGGUGCAGUGUGGUUUCCCUGAUAGACGGAUUUAACCUAAUUUCAUCUGAAUUCCCGAGUUCUGCUUCUUUUCUGACGAACGUUAUCCAGACCUGGUCUAGAUAAACAGUUCUUCCGUUUGAGCUGGAGUGUCGGACAGCGCACUUAUCAGCAUUAUAGACCCCUCAGCAACAAGAAGUACAGCAUUACCUCACAACCGGGAUAUGUAGUGGAAUACUUCACCUUCCAAACAUUAGAACCCAUUAAGGUGUCACAACGGGUUCUUUUUAGAAUGUAAAUAAUGAGAAAUGUUCAGAAGAAACAGAAUGAGUGACCUUUGAAGGCAGGAAGUGUGCGGGUUUCUGGUUUUUAUCGUUUUGAAGUGAGUUAUUAGGGUAGAGAGAGUUGUCGUUCUACAGAACACCUACAGAAAACACCACCUAGAAGACUGACCGAUGGCGUUUCUACACCCAGAGUUCUCCCAGUCUGACUUUACACAACAUAUCUUCUGAUAAAUUCUCCUCCUCUCUAUAAAUCCAAGCGUGCACAGGUCAGUCAGUCUGUAGGCAGAGAAACGUUGGGCCUUAGGAAUCCGUGACAUUCAUGGGAAGUGUUACCAAAACAUCCAGACAAACAUAAAAAGGUAUCAGGUAAGAACAGAUUAAUCAAUAAUAAUUAAUCAUAUAAAUACCCUGCACGGCGCCAGUCGGAGCGCCCCUCGCUGUGGGGGGAGGUGUAGUUUUGGAGUGCAACGUCGUCUGAACUGGACUGAACUGGACUGAACUGGUCUAAACUGGCCUAAAGCCAUUUCUACUGGUCUGAUGUUGGAUUAGCCGGCUGACCAGUACACCAGCGUCCCAACUACAACAUGCGCUGGUUUUUCUUCCAGGGGUCCCGCGGUCAUGACAGGCCAGGAGACCAAGGUAGCCCCUCCCCCAUCUCUCAGCACCAUGCUGGUCAGUUAGCGGACAUUACAGAAUUAGCAGUUAGCGUUCUCCUUCAGGUGCGUUGAGCUACGAUGACGUGGCGUUAGCAGCACUUUGAGAAGAUGCGAUGAAGCUUCACACUCAGAGGGGGAACAUGCUGGUCUUCCAGUUUGGUAGCUAAUAGGGUUCUAGCUAAUGUGGGGAAAGGAACUAAAAAAAAAUACAUGGACAAAAUGAAAGACGCAGUUCAGGCUCCAACAUCACGGCUGCUACUGACGAGAAACGGCGGGCCAGAAGCUUCAGUGCUAAACGGACGAAUCGAGCAGGCCGGCUACGUUUGGAGUGGGCGGGGAUUUCAUUACUUCCCGAGCUUCAACCAGCAUCUCACACACAUCCACAUCUUCUGGCUGAGUGCUUUCUGACUAUGUGGUACAGCAGGUCGUCGUCCAGGAACGCGAGGUGGCGCUCGUACGCGGUCGGUCUGCAGCAGGCUGUGGGCGGCGCCCCCUGCAGGACGCUCCUGCGGCUCGCCGCGAGUCUGGUGAGGAUCCUAUCGUAGUUGGUGAUGGAGUUGAGGCACCGGCCGCUGCAGUAGCGGAACACGAGCUCUUCCUGGCCGAGGUAGCCCAGCCCCAGCUCCGAAACCUUCACCUGCACCUGCCUCAGACCACACCUGCCCCGCCCUGCAGAACCCCGCGGCGCAGGUGACCUCUGCAACCUCAGCUCAGUCCGCAGGGAAGACGGGGAGUCUGAAAGAGAGACAGACAGAUUCGGUUAGCGACAGCACAACACGCUGACCUGUGGCUCCUAAUGAGCUCAUUGUGUGUAUAAGAGCUUGAAGGUCAGCAGUGCUGUGGUAACUGAACAAACGCUGCUCAAUGAACUAAGAAUGUGUUCUAGUGCUUCAGCAAACCCAACACCCACCAAACGGUCAGAGUUACGACGUCAGGCUGUGUUGUAAUAACCCUGAAAUCAGGAACUGUGGCACUUGGUAACGUUUCGGUGUGCACUAAAGAUAUGACUAAAGUAUAUUUAGGUUUUAUAUUUGGCCUAGACUUGUGUGUGUGUGUGUGUGUACAUAUAUACACUCUUGUUGCACAUAGUACAUACACAGAGCACGAAGCAAAAGUGCACUCAGUGUAGUACUUCUACACUUAUACUUCAAACUUAAAAGGGGGCCAAUUUAGUCCCAAGAAGUACUGAAAUAGUACAUUUAUAAGUAGAAUAGAACCCUUAGUACUACAGAACAUAUACCUGGGAAACGGACUUCAACGUUAAUCAAGUUUCCAGCCGGCCUGCGCAGGCCGAGAGGAGGAACCGCAGAUGAAACUGAAUUUCAUUUACAGCCUAAUUAUCCCCUCUGACCGGGAGUGACCACGUUCUGGAGGGGCGCUGAGCGGGAGCUCCUGAGCUCCGCCCUCCAGCGUGAACAGCUGGAGCUCUGGAUUAUCAGUGCUGAUACGGUGACGUGACUGAUCGUGACGGUGAUUCUCUGUUCUGCUGUUUUUCACCGUAAGCUGUUCUGAACAGUGAUGACCCCCCUGACCCCUCUGGCCCUUCGAGAGUGUUUCGGUUCCUGUGCCGGGUGUGUUUGGAGCUCCUGCUGCUGCUGAGAGAGACACACACACUUCACACACAGGCGGUCGGAUGAUUCAGUACUGCCGAGGUUUCGGAUGUACUGAAGUCACGGCCCGGCCCAGUUUAACCCCCGGCCCGGUUCCUCGCGAUCUACUCUGGAUCUGGAACAGAUCUCCCUAAUGUCUUCUGGUCGAGGAGUGAGUACAGAGUGCGUUUCCUCUUUAAAAUGGGGGCAGAAACACAUCAUGACAUUGGUUCUCAGUAACUGAGAGCGUUCCUAUCCAUCCAUUCCUCAGGAAAUGCUUUCACAGUGAUUUUGCCCGUUGGCCUUUACAAGUUUCAUGAUGAAUGAACCAAAACGUUCCAUGACUUACACGGAGACCCCGGGAGAUAGGAGGUUUUGCAGUGAUAUAUAUGUAUUUAUAUGCAUGAGUGGCGUUUAUUCACUGAUCAGCCCCUGAAUUACGGGAGUGACCAUUUUUAAAGGCUGCGUUUAAUGAGGUUAAAGGUACAGUGUGAUUUUUCGACCUGUUACACCUGCCUGCAGAGUCCAGAUCUGACUCUGCUGACCGCGUCAGUCAGGUGUGCUGGGUUUAGACCUUCUACAGGACACUGAUACGGUUCUGCUGAAACACUGCGCUGUCAGUAAGAACCUGCAGAUAUGUCAAACAGCUGUGGUAUCAGGAGUGAUGAUAAGGGAGGGCGAGGCUCUCAGAGGCCGACUGAAGGCUGAGCAUCAGGCAGUGGAACCACUGAUAGGAAGAGGGAAAGUUUUGGUGGGUCUUCGGAGGAAAAGACCAUCAAAACGUAGAUUCUGCUUCCUGUUUUUUUGCUAAUGAGAUGGUAAUGAUGGUCUUCUAGUGCUAUAUAAGGAGGUGCUGGACUCUGAGGCUGCACUCGGAUCGGCUCUGACCUCAGUCUGGUGGUUUACACAGUCCUGCCUUCGCACGACGAUAAGAACUGACAGCUACUUUACUCGACAACCCAUCAACACCCACAAUGUCAUCAAUCCACAACCAGCCAAUCACAGAAAUCCAGAUCUCCCUGACCAAGGAGCAGGAGGACAGGCUAGAAAGAGCAGGUUUCACCAAAGUUCCUGGUGACCUCAACAGCGGAACUUCAGGGCCCUUGGAGUUCCUGUGGUACAGAAGAGGAACCUGCAGGGCAAUCACCAGAAUCCAGUUCUCCUUCAUGGAAGAUAUGAACGAAGGUCUGACUGCCUCUGGCUUCACCCUGAUCAACAAGAACAUCAACACAGGCACCUCAGGAAACCCCAUAUUCCUGUGGUACUUGAGUUGCACCACUCAGUUUGACUCCCCCAUCCUGGACCUGAAGGUGACCACCAAGGUGGAGGAGGAGCCAGAGCUGUUCCUCAAUGGCUGGGAGCGCAUGGGCCUGGACCUGAACCGCAACGCUGGCGGACAUCCAGUUUAUGUCUGGCUGUUGAGGGACACGACUACCUACAUCUGCAGCAUCACGGCCGCCCUGAGCUUCUCUGAAGACAAAGAGCUGUUCCAGCAGGGCUACAUCCGCGUGGACGAAGACACCAACCGCGGAGCCUUUCCUAUUGGUUCUGCAGUGUUCCCCUGGUUCCGCCAGUCCAAGAUCAUGGGUGAAGGCAUCACUGAAAUAGAUGUAUCUCUGAAUAAAGAACAAGAGUUCAAGCUGCUGGCCAAGGGCUUCACAAAGGUCGAUAAAGACCUCAAUGAGGGCGCCAAUGGAGACCCUGUGUACCUGUGGUACAUGCACAGCCAGGCUCCUGCCAUCCAGUUCCUCACCGUGUUAGUUGGUGACGUCACUCUGAACACCUAUAAAAGAGCUGGCGUCUGCAACAUCGUGGAGAAAAACCUCAACAGUGGCAAUAACGGAGUUUCCCUUUACAUUGCAUACAACUACUGGCCAGGCGAGACGGCGCUGCUAUGUGACCUGCAGUCUGCACACCAGUUCUCAGAACCAGGGCUGUGUGGAAGUCCAUCACCGCUGGAUCUUAUUUUACCAUAACUGUGCGCUGGAUCACAG